UGUGAGCAACAUAAACUGCCAUUGCUAAUUCUUUUUACCAAGGUCGCGUCACGUAUUACUACUAAAUGAUCAAGAAAAAUCAGUAUAAUGGAAUUUACAGGAUUCAGAAAAAUCGCCAUUUUAGACGAUCAGGAAGCUGUCACUAUUGCAUAUAAGGAUGUAAGGGAUGACCAUACAGACACGAAAUGGUUACUUCUAAAGUACAGCGCUGAAAAUAGAAUAGUACUACAUUGGACAGGUUCUGAUUGCGGGAAAUUCUUUACCAAGUUUACAGAUAAAGUCAGGCUAUUUGCUUUCAUUCGUUUAGAUUUCGAGGAAAAGGGACAAGAGACAAUUAAGCGAACAAAAUUUGUGUUGUUAUCAUGGAUUGGUCAAGACGUUGCAAACGAAAAGAGACAAAGGGUUCAUGGAGACAGGGAUUGUAUCAAAAGCGUUAUUAAGGAUUAUGACUGCGAAUUGUGUCUGUACGAAGAGACAGGUAUUGAUGAAAAGUUGAUAUUGCAAAAAGUAGAAGAGGCAGAGACAAAAUAACAGAAGGAUGAAGU